GGCUACGCAGUACGAUGACAGACUUAUGUGCGGAAGCAAUGCUGCCCGCAACAGUGUCCAGGAAGGUGCGACUGCCCUGAUUGAGCGAAACGAGGAUGAAGAAGAUGGGGGAAGCUGUGGUGAUGGCGGUGAUGACGAGUACAUGGACGUUGGGGAUGAGAACAUGCAGGACCAGAACAUGCUUGGCGAUGACGACGUCGGUGUCACGUCGGAGCAUGGCCCUGGCGACAUCCCCGCCGGUUCUGUGGGAGCCGCGGUUGGUCAGCCCUUGUCGUCCCCUGCGAUAUGGCAUUCGCAAGGCGGGAGUCAGGGUUGGCAUGACUCGCAGGAGCACGGAGGAUCAAAGUCAAGGAAAAGGACAAGAGAAACUUCUCCUUCUGCUUCCGCUCACAAGAGACAAUCGAGGACUGACACUGUUAAUGAGGCUCGUGGAGCUCUUAUAGCAUCCCAGGAGGCGAGACCUCCUCGGAAGAGCAGCCAGGGGGGGAGAUCUGGCGGUCGUGGCGGCGGCCGUGGUGGAGCAAGAAAAGGUAAGCAGAUAGUGAGGGCAGAAGAACUGCGGGACUCGGGGGAUGAGGGCGAGGGAGUGGGCCCUCGCAUGCCCGACGAUGGUGAUGAACCGCUUCAGCUCGCUGCGCCCAUCGACACGACGCGUUGUUUCUUCCUCGAGUACGACGAGUGGGGUUUUGCUAAGCAAAAAGUCCUUCCUGUUCUUGUGGACGUCAUGAAAAUCAAACGCAUUCCCUGCGGAAAUAUUCUUUUCAACCACCGCUCUUUGUCUGCGAACAUUGUACGAGGCAUUGAGAAUGCCAUCGAGAGUUCCAUCACCACGGAACCGGGGGCGUGGGAUAGGCCUGAGCUCGUGCUUGCGCCGGUUGACUGCAACGAAAUCGUCGGCGGGCAGGGAAGGCGGAUAACACCGACCGAAUUCUUCGAAAAAGACUCCUCGGAGUUCGAUUGGUAUGCAGUCUGUGGUCAGCAUACGGUCGAGGCGAUGAAGACAUUGGUGAAAAAGGGCUCUCAUACAGUCGACGUCUUUGGCCUUCGCGCGUACUCUAAGGUGAGGGUCGUCUAUUUUGGAGAUGACCAGCCACGAGGGUAUUUCAAUGUCUCCGCCUUCGACAACACGCGCGAAAAUCGGGCCAUGAUGUUGUCUUUCGAGGAUGCUGUCCGUGAUAUGAGGCAAUGGUGGAUCGAUAACCACCAAAUCGAGGCCCCGAAAGGCGAGGUCAGCGAUAAGGAUGAGGUCGCCGUUGCGCACCAAAAGAAGUGGCAUAAUUUCUUAAGGGCCUCCAUGGGGAAGGCAUGCGACAAGGCGUUCGUGAAGCAAGCGCUCGAGAAUGAGUAUAGUAAGGACUGGAGCAAUAAGCUCCGUGGCUACAUGAACCUCGCCACAUCCACCGAGGCUGUGUGGCCACUGGUCAAGAGGUUCUUCGAGAUGUUCAACGAGGGGAAGCUGCCAGUUGGCGAUGGUAAAAUACCGCUUGACAUGCCGGGCAGGAUGGAGGGGCGCCAGCCAGGCCCAUACACCGACGAGACGAAGGGGCAAAGGACAUUAUACCAUUGCAUUUACGCAAGAGAUGGUCCCAAAGGCUCCACCGUGUCGUGGAAGGAUCUCUGUCCUUCCUACUUCAAAAAUUUUGGGGAUUUGACGUGCCGCGAGAGGGAAGUUGCACUGCUCCUACUCAUGAAAGGGAAGGUGGUCGCGACGAACGUCAAGGUCAUGCCUCCGAGAUUGAGUACGGAGUGCCUCCUCGACAUCAUGCACAAGGAACACUACAUGGUCCGUAUGUUCAACUACGUUGUUUUCUGCGCCGAGGGAAGGGCGGACGAUGAAUGGAAUGAUGCUUUCUUCAUGUCAGACAAAGACCCUGAAGACAGAACCUGGAAACGGGUGGACAGGCCAUCGAAUGACAUCACGAAGUACGGCAAUAUCGCUACGGCGAGUCGAGACAUGAUGGCCAUUGUCCUGCACGCGGAGGGAGGGGAUCUCAGAAAGGUCACGGUCGCACCCCACCUUAGCAAUGACCUCACAAAUGUGCAUGUUGUGGAGGAGAAGUUCGGGAAGUGUCUGGGGAAACACGGUGGCAUAGAGGGCGAUGAAAGUGUGGUGUAUUCCAUAUGGGAGCGAGAGCCUGGCAAGUUGCGUUCGUUGUGCGGGUCGUUCGUUGGGGAGGCGGAAGGUGUGCUUUUGUUGGGUAGGGCGCACGCGGGUCUUGUGUGGGAAUUCUUACUGGCAGGGAAUAAUGUCAUUGCCUGUGACGAGUCAGUGAAGGACAUUGCAUAUUUGACAAAGUUCAUCGAUAUACUUGUCAAGGACGACAGAUUCAACUGCCACGUCGAGAAACCGCUCUGCAAACAUCGCCCGAACAGGGACAUGUUCCACAAGUUGGGGCGUAAGAGACUGAAGAUCCUCAAGUUCGAUCUUCGCAAAGACCAAUUGACGUCCAAGGACUACGCAGAGCUCGCGAAAUCGGGCGAUGGCUUUAACCCCGUCGACAGCGAGGAAGAUUCUUCGGACUCCGACCUCGGACUGGGCGAGGACACAUGUGCUGAGGUUCCGCGCGUUGGAUUGGUGCGAGCUCACGAUGUCAGAAUUGUCCAUUCACUUGGAGGGUCCAUCCCAAUGGCCGCCCCAAGCGUCGCCUCAAUGGUGGCCCCGUCGGAGACUGGGGCAUUGCAAGACAUUGGAAGAUGCGGUGGCAAUGAAGAAGACGACAUUGAGAUACCAGGUGAGGCGUCGACGCUCGCACCAGGCGAUGCAAUUCCUUCAGGCUACUGUGCUGACCCGGACACGAUAUAUUUCUUGGAGGGCAAACACACCCACAUAGGCGAGGAUCAGUGUGGCCAUGACAUCAUAUGGCAUGAGGGCGUUUUACAGCCGUGCAUCCAAGAUGGGGAGUGGAAGAUGGCGGUGAAAUACACAAGCGGUUGGAAGACUUUUCGUCGGAUGUCAAAGGACAUCUGGUUGAAAACGACGGAACUCGCGAUCCUGCAUCGCGUGCGCGUCGAGAAUCCAGGGCAGACCGAGGCCGCCAUCAAAGCCGAGGCCGAAAAAUUGUUUCAUGUCUUGCGCGACAGUCGACAACUGGAGUACAACAACAUAUUUUAUGCCCUGCGCUCGAGUCCCUCACGCGGGUCAAUCAACUGGAAGGUUGAUCAAACCGCCAGAACCUUGGAGGGGAGCUGCUCUCAUAAGUUCAUGCCUUCGGCUGAGUCAGCCUCCAUGGCCGCGCAAGCAGGGCAUAGGGGAGAUGACGGGACUAAUGCUGUCAGGCCUCAAGAGGUUGACAUCACGUCUAAGCCACAAAUAUCGGAAAAAUCCAUCUCGGUCGCCGCGGCACAAUCGUCCCCACCCAUCGAUGUGUCAACGACGUUGCCGUCGGAUGCAGGUGCCACGUACGGGAGUUUAUUGAUAACAAAUACUGCAAUGCAAGGCAGAUCCGAGAUCGAGUCAGAGUCUGAUGUUGGGCCGAGCGUGGCGGAAAGUCAGUUGCAACCGUCUUUAUGCACUGGCAAAGGUGAUGCACAAUCUCCGCUGAUACCACAGGGAGGGGCCGGUGGGGAUGGCGGGAAGGGAGGGGAUGUGGAGGGAAUGCACCGUUCUCGCAACCUCGACACCUUAACUGCUGAUAUUGAUUAAAAGGGUGAGGGUGGGUGAGGCGGGAGGGGUGCAAUUGGAGGGGGAGAAUCUAGUGAUAUGAUUACAACUU